AUGAGCAGUAUCUGCACACUAGGAAACCUUGCCUCCUACGCUCUUAGCAGCAGUUCAGCUUCAGAUAUAAUUACUGGUCUCAAAUUCUCACGGGAAAAGAACAUCAGACUUACUAGUAAAACCACAGAUCAUGAUUUUCUCGGACGCUCUACAGGUGCUGGUUCAUUAGCUCCAUGGAUGCACAAUCUAAACGAUAUAAAUUUUCUCAAUUACAGUAGCGCUUUAUAUACAGAACCCGCAGUACACAUAGGUGCUGGAGUUCAAUAUACCGAUGAGUCGGGGUUAGCAGGAGGUUUUACACAAGGCGGUGGUUAUGGACCGCUUAUGGGUACCUGUGGAGUUGCUGCUGAUCAGGUACCAGAAUGGGAAGUUGUGACUGCCACUGGACAGCAUCUAAUUGUUUUGCCCACGCAUGAUACAGAUUUGUACUGGGCAUUAAGUGGAGGUAGAGGUGGAAAUUUCGCUGUAGUGCUUUCGGUGAAGGUUUGGGUCUAUGAUGAUGGCCCCGUGGCUGGCACGGCUUUCUCUUUCAGAAAUGGCAAUACUACUGCGUAUUAG